UUAUUAUUUUAUUUAAAUCGGUUCACCAACUCCCUCCCUAAUAUAAAUCAAAAUCUCCAAUCCACCUUACCAGAAACCUCAAAAAAAGAUAACCGAAUCAAUUCGCUGCUGUUUCCGAUUUCAUCAGAACCCAAAGCAUGUCCUGGUUCUUCGUAGUGGCGUCGAUCAUCGCCGCCGUCGCAUCCUACAAGCUAAUCCAACGGCUGAGAUUCAAGCUGCCCCCGGGCCCACGGCCGUGGCCCGUCGUCGGAAACCUCUACGAUAUCAAACCGAUCCGCUUCAGGUGCUACGCCGAGUGGGCUCAGUCCUACGGACCGAUCAUCUCGGUCUGGAUCGGUUCGACGUUAAACGUCAUCGUUUCGAGCGCGGAGCUGGCUAGGGAGGUCCUGAAGGAGAAGGACCAGCAGCUGGCGGACCGGCACCGGAGCAGAUCGGCGGCGAAGUUUAGCCGCGACGGGAAGGAUCUGAUCUGGGCCGAUUACGGUCCCCACUACGUCAAAGUGAGGAAGGUUUGCACGCUCGAGCUCUUCACUCCGAAGCGGCUCGAGGCCCUGAGACCGAUCCGUGAAGACGAAGUGACCGCCAUGGUUGAGUCCGUCUUCAACGGCUGCAACCUCACCGACCACAAAGCCAAGGGUCUGCAGCUGAGGAAGUACAUAGGAGCGGUUGCGUUCAACAACAUAACGCGUUUAGCGUUUGGGAAGCGUUUCGUAAACGCGGAGGGAAUAAUGGACGAGCAAGGGCUAGAGUUCAAGGCCGUAGUGGCGAACGGCCUAAAGCUAGGAGGUUCACUGUCAAUAGCAGAGCACAUCCCAUGGCUCAGGUGGAUGUUCCCAUUGGAGGAGGAAGCCUUCGCCAAGCAUGGCUCGCGCCGUGACCGCCUGACCAGGAAAAUCAUGGAGGAGCACACUCUCGCCCGGCAAAAAUCCGGUGGCGCUAAGCAGCAUUUCGUCGACGCUUUGCUCACGUUGAAGGAUCAGUACGAUCUAAGCGAAGAUACCAUCAUCGGUCUUCUCUGGGACAUGAUCACGGCAGGGAUGGACACGACCUCCAUCUCAUCCGAGUGGGCGAUGGCUGAGAUGAUAAGGAACCCGAGGGUGCAGCAGAAGGUGCAAGAGGAGCUAGACCGAGUCGUUGGACGCGACCGCAUCCUCACGGAGCCCGAUUUCUCGACCCUUCCGUACCUGCAAUGCGUGGUCAAGGAGUCAAUGAGGCUGCACCCACCGACCCCAUUGAUGCUUCCUCACCGAGCCAACGCUGAUGUCACAAUCGGCGGUUACCAUAUCCCCAAGGGAUCCAACGUCCUCGUGAACGUCUGGGCGGUGGCUCGUGACCCGACCGUGUGGAAGGACCCGUUGGAGUUUCGGCCCGAGAGGUUCUUGGAAGAGGAUGUGGACAUGAAAGGCCAUGACUUUAGGCUGCUUCCCUUUGGAGCUGGGAGACGUGUCUGCCCCGGUGCGCAGCUUGGUAUCAACCUGGUCACGUCCAUGCUUGGCCAUUUGCUUCACCAUUUCGUCUGGACGCCACCUGAAGGGAAAAAACCAGAAGACAUUGACAUGUCUGAAAGCCCGGGACUCGUCACUUACAUGCGUACGCCUCUGCAGGCCGUGGUCACGCCCAGGUUGCCUGCCGAUCUCUACAAACGCAUCGCCGUCGAUAUGUAAAUUUCGCAGAUAUAUCUUCCGUUUCUGCUGUUGCUGUUGUGUAGACUCGUGUUGUGUUUUUUCCGAACUUUUGAUGAGAUUGGUUGUCGAGAGAUCGCCAAAUAAACCAAGCUUCUUCGCCA